GCUUUUUGCGAGAUCAUCUGCAGCAACAAACCUGCUCCAGAAGGUGAAGACAGUCUGUCCUCUCUGCGGGUCAUGGAGGUCUCGUCUCACAGCCUCUUCCUGCUGCAGCAGCUCAACGUCCAGAGAGAGUUCGGGUUCCUGUGUGACUGCACCGUCGCCAUCGGCAACGUCUACUUCAAAGCCCACCGAGCCGUUCUGGCUGCUUUCUCCAACUACUUCAAGAUGAUCUUCAUUCACCAGUCCAGUGAGUGCAUAAAGAUCCAGCCCACCGACAUCCAGCCGGACGUGUUCAGCUUCCUGCUCCACAUCAUGUACACCGGCAUGUGUCCCAAACAGCCGGUGGACCAGAUCCGGUUACAGGACGGCAUCAAGUUCCUUCACGCCUACCAGCUGUGCCGGAAACCCGGCGAGGGCACGGCCGACGCCGCCGCCGACAUGGUCCGCAUGUCCAACCUGUACGGGAUCCAGAUCUCCUCCCAGCUGGCCAACAAGGAGGCAGCCGGCGUCCCCAAGACCACCACGGGGUCCCGGGGCACUGAGGACGGACGCUCCUCCGGCCGGGGGCGGUCCCACUCCCAGCUGGCCCUCGCCGUCGGACUGGAGGGGGUCCCCUCAGACCGCCAGGCCUCCGCGCUACGCAACGUCUGCUCCGUGGCGUCUGGAGACGACUCGGACAUCUCCACCCGCAUCAAGCAGGAGCGUGUGGAGGAGGAGGAGGGGGAGGAUGGUGAGGGGGAGGAGGGUCCAGGGGGGUCUCAGGGGAGCAGCCCCGUCAGAGUCCUGUUCAAAGACCGGGACCUGGUCCUGCUGUGUCCCCGCUGUGGGGAGCGCUUCGUCCCCGAGGACCUGCGGGAGCACCUGUUCAGCCUCCACCGCGCCCGGCUGAUGGAGGAGCUGGACGGCGGCGUGGAGGAGGGCCCGGCGGGGGUCCAGCUGGACUCCGGGUGUCUGGAGGAGGCGCUGAGACAGAGCCAGGCACUCGCCAACCAGCUGGCUUUAGAGCUGAGGAGGGCAGGGGGGUCGGGGGGCAGCCCGACGCCGCCGUCCCGCCCCCGGCGACGUAAGGUGGCCUGCGCCGUCUGCAGCCUGCGGUUCCCCCACCGGAGCCAGCUGCAGGAGCACAUGUACACGCACACCGGCAAGCCCCGCUACCACCGCUACCACCGCCUCUGCAGCCAGCUCUUCCAGGCCUCCGCCCACUUCUGCGAGGGCGGAGCCACGGAGCCGGGGGGCGGAGCUUCGUCCGGUGCCGCCGCGCUCUCCGAGGAGGUCAACAGGGACACGCAGGACAACGGCAGCUCCUGCUACUCGCUGGACUCCGAGGUCUCCCAGGAGAGCGCAGACGCCGUGCCGGUGGAGUGAUCCGGUACCUG